AGUGCGAAUAUCAUACUUCUCUGUAACUUCAUGCCUAUAUAUACAACACACGUAUACUAGUUCAUUUUUCUCACACACAAUUUUAUCACUUCAUCUUUCUCUACAUAAGUACCCUUUCUCGAGGUCAAAACUUUGCCCAAGUUCGAAGCUAAGACGCAACCAAAUUUCAUGCUUACAUAUAUUUGACGUCUUCCUCCAUCCUACAACCUUGUUUUUUUUGUUUAUUGCUGCCUAUUUUGUGGGAUCAACGUAUUUGUAAUUAACUGAUUAAUUAUGGCGGAUACUGGAGGAUUAAUAUAUAGUGUAGAUGACGCUAUAUCGAAGAUGGGGUUUGGAAAAUUACAGUAUAUGGUGUUAGCAUAUGCUGGAAUGGGGUGGAUAUCAGAAGCUAUGGAGAUGAUGAUACUUUCAUUUGUUGGACCAGCAGUUACAUUUGAGUGGAAUCUUACUUCUAAACAGGAAAGUUUGAUCACAACUGUGGUUUUUGCUGGCAUGCUUGUUGGUGCUUAUUCUUGGGGACUUGUUUCUGAUAUCUAUGGAAGAAGGAAAGGUUAUGUGUUUUCGGCAGUAGUAACUUGUGCGGCUGGAUUACUGAGUGCCGCUUCACCAAAUUACGUAGUAUUGUUAAUAUCUCGUUGUUUGGUAGGCGUGGGUCUUGGAGCUGGCCCAGUUCUACUCACCUGGUUUAUAGAGUUUGUACCUGCAUCUAAAAGGGGUAUCUGGAUGGUCCUUUUCCAAGCUUUUUGGACAGUCGGAUCCGUUAGUGAAGCUGCCUUAGCAUGGGUUGUAAUGCCGAAAUUGGGAUGGAGAUGGUUGUUGGGUUUAUCUGUUCUUCCUUCAUUUAUCUUGCUUGUGUUCUAUUUCAUUACUCCAGAGUCGCCAAGAUACUUGUGCUUGAAAGGUAGAAAGAAAGAAGCACUUCAAGUCCUUGAGCAAAUAUCCCGAAUUAAUGGUGAAGAAUUACCUCCUGGUGUUCUUGUUAGUGACAUGGAAAAAGAAGAGAAGAAUAAUAAUAUACUAAAAGGAGUUACAGAUGAAGAAGAAGUUGCUCCUAAAUGGAAGGAUUCAGAAAUGAGCUUAACAAAAUCAGUUUUAGUUCUUCUGUCUCCCAAAUUAGCCCGUACAACUUUACUCCUAUGGUUGGUGUUCUUUGGAAAUGCGUUUGCGUACUAUGGUCUCGUCUUGCUUACAACUCAACUGAACAACAAGAACAAUGCAUGCAAUUCUAAAAAUUCCCCUAGUUCAAAAAGUUCUAAGUUAGAUAUUGAUUAUCGAGAUGUCUUCAUCACUAGUUUUGCUGAACUUCCUGGCCUUGUUAUUGCUGGUAUCUUAAUUGAUAAACUUGGUCGUAAGUAUUCGAUGGCGAUCAUGUUUGUAGCAUGUUCAAUAUUUUUGUUCCCAUUGGUGUCUCAUCGGUCUGGUACGGUUACAACAGUUCUCAUGUUUGGUGCUCGAGCAUCCAUCAUGGGAACCUUCACCAUUGCCUUCAUUUUCGCUCCAGAGAUAUACCCAACAUCAGUAAGAAAUACUGGAUUCGGAACAGCGAGUUCAAUGGCAAGAGUAGGUGGAAUGGUGAGCCCAUAUGUAGCUGUGGCUUUAGUACAAGCUUGCCAUCAGAUGGCGGCAAUCCUAUUAUUUGCAGGAAUGGUGUUAGCUGCUGCAGUAGCUGUUGUACUUAUUCCACAUGAAACAAAGGGGCGUGAGCUUACUGAAAGCAUCAUGAGUAAUAAGAAUGAUAUUAAAUCAAGCAAAGAAGUUUCUCUACAAAAACCAACUAGUUCAAAUCCGAAGGCCAUGACAUAAGAAGUUGCUUUAAACAGACAACUAAUUCGAAUAACGGUUAACGGUUUAAAUUAUCAUGUUUGUUAAUUGAGAUCAAGAUUAUAGAAACAAAAGUGUUGUUUCGUUUUCAAACAUUUUAGGCUAUUUUUCCGGUGUCCAGAUGCAUACGUAAUUACUAAGUGGUUUUAUAUGAUCUUACUAUAUUGUUUAUAUAAGUUUGUAAUGGCGUAUGAUAUACAGUAGCGUUUAGAGCUAUUGCAUUUGAGACCUAUAAACUAGGAAACAAAUGGAGCAGCUCAUGAGCCUACAACUCCUACAUGAAGUUUCUGUACGGUAGGAUUUCUCGUUAUGAUUUAGCCGGUUUGUGAUCGAUUUGUACUUAUUUACCAUUUUUCACAGUUAACUAAUUUUCGGCCUUGGAUGAUCCGGAAGUUAUUGUUUAUACAACGUUUAUGAUAUAAUGUGUGACUUCGAUGGUUGUUUUUCCUUCC